GAUUAAAAAUGCACCAUAACACAAAGAGCGCUCGGUGAAAUUUAAAAAGCACUAAGAAGACACACAUCUGCGGCAAUAAGCACAUCUCUCAGGGACUCUAUUUGCUCUGCUCUCACAGGGGCGAACCAUCGGAACCGCAACCACGUUUGCUGUUAGACUCAUUUUCCGAGAUGGCCAGAGCGUUUGCAUUGUUACUCGGCUUGGCAAGUGCUGUGAUGAUGCUGGCGCGCUCCUCCGAGGCCUCUCUCAGCUUUUUAGUGCUCAUCAUGUUCGGCGGCGCAAGCCACGAGAUGCAACUGCAGCACCUGGGCUCCAACCUCAUCGCCCGGGGCCACAGGGUCACAUUCAUCAAAUUCAAAUACACUCAUGAGCCGCCGCCUCUAAUUCACGAGAACGUCACGUACAUCGCCCUCACUGUGGACAACUCGGACGGACGCGUACCCAUGAUGACUCAGGAGAAAGAAGGAAGAUUUAAGAUACCGAUGGACCACGUAUGGACAAACGGCCUCAAGCCGUGGCGCACGCCUAUGGAAGGUGCAUUCACGUUUUACUCCAUGUGCGACCGACUGUUGGGUGAUACGCAACUGCUGAGGCAGCUCAGGCUCUCGCACUUUGACCUUAGCAUCGCCGACCUGCUGACGAACGAGUGCGGCCUUGCGUUGGCGAGCAGCCUCGGCGUACCUACGGUCGGCUACUGGAACCUGGCGUUCAACGGAUGCGAGCUGCCGUUCAGCGGCGGCCUGUCGACGCCGACGGGCGCGCUGCCCAGCUUUAUGAGCGGCUACACGGACCGCAUGAACUUCGCGCAGCGCGCCGUCAACCUCUUCUACCACCUGGUGACCGACGUGAUGGUGCGCGUGCACUUCGUCAUGAUCGACUGGGUGGUGCAGAAGCACCUGCCCGGCACGCCCGGCUCGCAGGCGCUGCUGGCCAACUUGUCCGGCGUGCUGGCCAACAACGACUUCAGUCUCGACUUCCCCAGGGAGUACCCGCCAAACGUGGUCAACGUCGGGUGCAUGCAGUGUAGGCAGCCCAAGCCUCUGCCGCAGGACCUAGAAGAUUUUAUGCAGAGUUCCGGUGAGCACGGCGUUAUUCUCUUCUCAUUUGGUUCUACUGUCGACCUGGCGGCACCUGCGGCUCCUCCCAGACUGCUCCGUAAAAUUUUGGCUGCUUUUGCGCGAAUGCCACAAAAGGUGCUCAUGAAACUGGCUGGUGAGCUGCCUGCUAACACGUCAGUGCCGGAAAACGUCCGCAUUCAACGUUGGGUGCCACAGCAGGACGUUCUAGGCCAUCCGAAGACGCGGCUCUUCUUCACACACUGCGGCAUGAACGGGGCCAUGGAGCUGGUGUGGCACGGCGUGCCAGCGGUCACUCUGCCCGUGUUCGCCGACCAGGCCGACGUGUCUGCCAUGUUGGUGGACAGGGGCGUCGCACUAAGGGUCGACAAGGACUCCACCGUCGACGAGAUCUUUAGAGCACUCGAGACUGUGACUUUGGAUCAAAAAUUUUCACAUGAAGCUCAUCGCUUGAGGCAAAUAUUCCGCAACCAGAUGAAUAGCCCAAUAGAACGGGCAGUGUGGUUUGUGGAGAUGGUUGCCAACACAAAAGGCGCGGAACACCUGAAACUUGCUUCUCGCACGCAAAACCUCGUGCAAAAGCACAAUCUGGACGUGAUUGCUGUCGUCAUCUCAAUUUUAUUGGUCACAUUUGAGUGUCUUUUAGUGUCCCGCAAAAGUGGUAUUCGACAUCUAUCUCGCCCAUUGAAGUAUUUAAAAACUAAAAUUUUUAACUUAUUCACAGCAGCGUUUCAUGAAAAGAUCCACUGAAUUACUCUUUUGAAAUAAAUCUCGUCAUAUUUUAUUUUAAAUACUCUAAUUAUUGCGUUCGCUCAAUUUGUACAAUAUUUGGUGAACUUUAUUUUUAUUGAUUGAGUUGUUAAAUUAGUACAUUAGAAUGUGUGAUUUUAUGACUGGAAAAUACUUGAAGUUUAAUAGGAAAAAAACUGUGUAAAUAAUAUUUAAGACAGAAUAAUGUCAUUGAAAUUGCUCAAGUCUCUUAGAAUUUAUAUUUAAUCUCGAUAUUUGAUCUUGGUUCCCUUGUAAAUAUUCAAAGCUUUUUAUCAUCACCUGUAACAUUUAAUUCAAUUUCAAAUAUUGUUAUUUGUUUUAAAAGUUAGAUUGAUCAUUCAUAAUGUGAAACAUUUUGUGGCCCUAUUUAAGUAGUUUUACAUGAACGAUUUUAGAACACAUAUUCCCGUUUAUUACAAUAAAAAUAUUUCAGAUUUCUCUGUGCCGUAAUAUUGUGAUGCUUUACUUUCUGAUGUUGUGGUUUCGCAAUUUCAA